CUAUCGCGACGUCGAUCUACCUGGCGGGCGAUUAUAACACAGUCCGACGGAGUUUAUAUGUACCUCGUGCGUACCUGAUACCGAUUGUAUUGCAUCCAGAACAACCACAACUACCAGGGCCCUUUGCAUUCCCACAAUGCCUCCAGCGCCGAGCCAGAAAGGCACGGGCAAGAAGGGGAGAGACAUCCGCCAGUCGCGGAGCCGCAAUACAACUCCCAGCCUUACUGGCACCGCCCUCCCACCAUCCGACCUGGGCGAGUCCCCCUACCUCGGGCUCCCCCUGCAGUCCUUUCGAACCUCGGAUGAUAUUGUUGAAUCAUAUGGCUCGGCAAUUCCAAGCUCGAAGGACCUGGAGGCCCUCUUGGAGCGUUUGCGACGACUUGUGGCUGUCGUCGAAGCUCGAGGAGCCGUGUGCGACAGGGGCAUGAGGAUGCUGGCGCAGGCGAGAAAGGAUAGACUGGAAGAGAUCGAGAACGAGAGAAGAGAUGAGGAGCGCAACGAAAGACUUAAGAAGGAGGUUGCAGACGAAGAGGAAAGGGGCAGAAACAAGGCUGCCAAAAUAAAGAAGAAGAAGGACGUUGGUGGUGUCCGAGAGGAAAAGCCAGCACUUGGUGCUCAUGGGUUGGCGCCUCAAGACGGAUCGCAAUUGGACCAUUCACCAGUUCGCGAUUCCUCAGCCCGCAAGAAUGCAGACAGGUUAUCGAGAGACAUUGAUUCUGCCAGCUCAUCUCUCUCGCCAGUUGCGCCGGCGACUCCUGCUGCAACCGGCUUGGAUCUCGAGGCAAAGGAACUAAACGUCGACGACUCCAGCUCUGAUGAACAUCUGGCUAAACCAACACCUGCUAUGCCUCACCAUCAAACAUUUGGAGAUGAUCCCUCCACCUUUCCGGAUCCAACGAUCUACGAGAUAAGGCAAGUCACCGACGACAUGACCGACGAGCAGAAGAAGGAGAUCUACUCCGUAGCGGUCUUCCCUCAGGAUAAUUUGGCGGAUCUUAUCCCUGGAUCACCACCCGAUAAGGACUUCAGCAAUGCAAAGCCCACGAAUCAAGUCCAGGCAAACACGUUUGCUACGUAUAUAGAGCCUUAUUUCAGACCUUUCACAGAAGAAGAUCUUGCUUUCCUUCGAGAGAGAGGCGAUCGUGUAGUCUGCAUGCGUAUUCCGAAACGUGGUAAGAGGCAUUACACAGAGAUAUGGGCGGAAGAGGAUGGGGCGAUGUCUGUCGACAUCCCACAACAAGGCCGUGACAAGCUUCCCCCAAAUCAAGCUCGAGGUAGUAUCGAGGACCUGGAUGAUGCUGCAGCAGAGACCGACCAGGUUUCAACGGGACCUCUCCUGUCACGACUUCUGGCAACACUAAGACCGGAACGCCGCGCACCACCAUCCGAAGAGAAGCCGGCCACAAACGGACUCACGAACGGAGACACAAAUGCCAAUGGCGAAGCAAAUGGAGACUCUGGUGAACUUAGUCAACCUCUCAACGAUGGCCCGGCCCCAGUUCCCCCAGCGACCCAGAUGGCUGACUCUAACUCCGAGGCAUGGAAGAAAGCUACACACCCGAAACUUGACCAAGCGCAAGUUGCUGAGCGACUCAAGCAAGAGCUCCGCCAUAUCGGUUUCCUCUCUCCGGACGCAGAGCCGGACUAUGACGGCCAUUUCGAUGAUGAGAUCGCUGCCCGUCUCCGUUUUCUUCAGAGCCGGCUUAAGGAACGAAUGAUUAUCAACGGGUCCCGCAAAGCUCGUCUCAUGGACCUAGUCAAGGAACGUAUGGCCUUCCAAGAGUACAACACCAUUCUAGAAGAUCUCGAUAGCCAAGUUGUCGGCGCUUAUUCGAAGCGUACCCGUACAAUGGGCAAGAACAAAAAGACAAAGCGUCCUGGUGGCGCUGGCGGAGGAAGUCACUUUGCAGGUGGUAGUGGCGCGGGGAUGGCCAAGCCAGGCAUUGGUGAUAUGACAAAGACAAUAAUGGAGAGAAGAAAGAAGUGGAAGGAUAGCAUUGGCACGGUCUUUGAUAGCGAGUUCAAGGUUCCAAGAGCCAACAAUCCAAAGGGAGAGAACACCUCGAUUUUCAAACCGGAGGACAUGGCUGAGUUCGUGAGGAAGGAGAGAGAGGCUUGGGAUGAGGAUGCAGAGGAUGAAUAGAUGCACAACGGGUGUCUUCCAAGUGGACAGGCGUUGGCAGUUAUAUAAAUUGGGUUAGGUGUUCUCCUUUGGUACUACAAGGUGUGAUGGCCAUUUCAAGGAGUUGACGGGUUUCGGUUGUAUCUCUAUCCGGGUUGGACCUUAUAGUUCAGAGGGCUGCUUUCCAUGAUACUCCCCAAGAUGCGCAAUGUUGAUUUUAAACAGUAGCCGCUUGACGUGAACUUUACGUCCGG